AUGAAGAGGACGGUGAGCGUGCUCGCGGUCCUCACGCUGCUCGUCGCGUCGGUCGGCGCCGUCCCGCACGCGGACGAUGCCGACGCGCGGGGACCCCGGUCCCUGCUGCAGCGCCUGCGUUCGGGGGGUACGGUUCCCAGACGAUACGGUGGGCACGAGGUUAACACCGACGGGCGAGCCGCGCGGAGUGGACGCCGUCCCUUCCCGAUCGUCCUCCCCUCGGAGACGGAACGCACUAAGCUGACGCUACAGCGCGAGGGCCUCGACGUGUUGCGGGGCAUCAAGGGCCCCAUCGCGCCCGUCGUCGUCAUCGGUCCCUAUCGCAGUGGCAAGUCGUUCCUGCUCAACCAGAUGCUCGGGGUGAGCUGCGGGGAGGGCUUCGGCGUGGGUCACACGCGCAAGACGGAGACCAAGGGCGUGUGGGUUUGGGGCGAGCCGAUGAUGGUGGACGGUGACGAGGUGAACGUGGUGUUCGUUGACACGGAGGGCUUCGAGGCGACGGGCAUGAGCGACGCCUACGACGAUCGCAUCUUUGCGCUAUCCUCCAUCAUGUCGAGCGUGUUGGUCUACAACCUCCCGGAGACGGUCAAGGAGGGGGACAUCGAGAAGCUAUCGUUCGCUGUGGAGCUCGCGCAGGAGUUUUACACCAGGGCCAGCGCCAAAGGAGGCGGAGACGGCGGCGGAGACGGCGCAUUCCACGCGCUCGCGUCGUUCCUUCCCCGCAGCCUCGUCUGGCUCAUUCAGCGCGAUUUCCUCGAGGGGUCCACGGUCAACCAGAUGGUGAAGGAGGCGCUGCGAUCCGUGCCGAACCCGAGCCGGGACACCCACGUGGAUGAACUGAACCGGAUCCGCGAGUCGCUCCGGGCCCUGGCGGGGAACUCCACCGCGUUUGGCCUGAGGCAGCCGCACCUGGAGCGCACCAAGCUGUGCGAGCUCCGCGACGACGAGCUCGAGCCCGCGUACGUCGCACAGAGGGACCAGCUCAAGGGGAUCAUCGCGUCGUCCGCAAAGGCAAAGGCUCACGUCGACGUUCCGGGGUCUGCGCCGUCACUCGGUAAUAGCGGUCUCAUGACCGGACCUUCACUCGCCGCGCUCAUCGAGCGAUCGGUGACGGCGCUGAACGAAGGCGACUUUCCCAGCGCGGGUAACGUGGUGGAUUCGUUCAACAGGGACGCGCUGGAGCGUCACAUGGCGUCUUACGCGUCGGCCAUGGACGGAGUGCGUUUGCCGGUGGAUGAGGAGGCGCUGACCUCGACGCACAGGCUCGCGGCGGCCAAGGCGGUGAAAGAUUUUAGGCGCGAUAGGUUCGGCAGGGGUGCGGUGACGACUGCGGCGCUGCGUCGCAAGCUGGGCGAGAUGCUAGAGCAGCGGAAGGAGAAAAACGCGUUUCUGUCGGGGAAGGAAUGCGAAACACUGGCGACGACGUGCGAGGAAGAGCUGGUGAGUUUACAGACCAUGCGGCUGCCGUCGCUGCGAAAGUUCGACACCAGCUCCAAGGCGUGCGAAGAUAGGUGGAGCAAGCGUUGCGUGGGUCCCAGCAGGGAGACGUACGGCGCGAGGAUCAAGCGGAGCAUGGCGAGGGAACGUUCUUCGUUUCUCCAAAACUACAACGCUCGGCUCCUCAACGGUUUGCUGAUGCUCUCCAUCGGCGGCAUCGUGACCUUCAGGUUUCUGUACACCAGCGCACUGGGCGAACUCGUCGCUUGGUGUCUGUUCAUCUCCCUGGAGGUUGGACCCAAGCUGUACCUCGGCGGGGACGGCAUGUUCGAAUCCAGGUGGUGGACCACGGCUGUUCAGUUUUGGGAGGUUGCAGUGUACAAUCAGCUCAUCGACAUGGACAAGGUUGGCCCCGUGCUGCUGUGCGUCGCGCUCGCUGCGCUGGUGUACGUCAGGGUCCGACGGUGCGUGCAGUGGCUGAACGGGUGUUGCCCGUGCAUCGUGCGCAAUUGCUGCUGCACGUCUCUGCUUGGCAUACCCAACGCGAGGCCAAAGGGGAAGCGGAAAACCGACGUGAGUGGACGAACGCGCGACCUGGACGUCUGA